AUGGUGGACUACUACCAGAUUCUAGGAGUACGGCGAGAUGCUUCUGCAGAUGACAUAAAGAAAUCGUAUAGAAAACUGGCACUGAGAUGGCACCCUGAUAAAAAUCCAGAAAACAAAGAAGAGGCUGAGAAGAAAUUCAAGGAGCUGUCGGAGGCAUAUGAAGUCCUUUCUGAUGUUAACAAGAGGAGCACAUAUGAUCUUUACGGCAAAGAAGGACUAACAGGAGGCGCUCGAGGGAGAGAUCAUUUCCAAGAACCAUUCACAUUCCGUAACCCUGAAGAUGUGUUUAGGGAAUUCUUUGGAGGCAGGGACCCAUUUGCAGACUUUUUUGGUACGGAUCUGUUUAAUGAUGAUCCUUUUUUUGGCAAUGGCCGAAGGCACUCAAGUCGGGCUAGUCGAAGCCGGACAGGGGGCUCAUUUUUGGGGGGCUUUGUAGGUUUUCCUCCUUUUGGUGCUGGCUUCUCACCUUUUGAUCCAGGCUUUGGUUCGUUUGGCACCAUGAGCGGCGGCGGCUUCACUUCUUUCUCCAGCAGCUCCUUUGGGGGAGGUGGGGGAGGAGGUAUGGGGAACUUUCGUUCUGUGUCAACUUCCACCAAGAUCAUCAAUGGCAGGAAGAUCACAACCAAAAGGAUCGUAGAAAAUGGUCAAGAACGUGUUGAAGUGGAGGAGGACGGCCAGCUGAGGUCACUAACCAUCAAUGGUAAAGAGCAGCUGCUACGACUGGAACACAAGUAA